GCCCGUGGCGUGGGCACCGGCGGAGCGAACCCUGCGCGGAGCGGGGGCCGCGGCCGGGGCCGGGGCUGGGGGGUCCCCGCGGGGGAAGGGGCAUCGCCCGCGGCCGCGGCGCCUGGGCCGCUGGAUGGAAGCGAGCUGGGUGCCGGCUGCCAUGGCUCUGGGGCUCUCCUCCAAGAAAGCUUCCUCCAGGAACAUCGCCGUGGAGAGGAAAAACCUCAUCACCGUCUGCAGGUUCUCGGUGAAGACCCUUCUGGAGAAGUACACGGCGGAUCCCAUCGAUGACUCCUCCGAGGAGUUCGUCAACUUCGCCGCCAUCCUCGAGCAGAUCCUCAGCCACCGCUUCAAAGGCCCUGUCAGCUGGUUCAGCUCUGAUGGACAGCGCGGGUUUUGGGAUUACAUCCGCCUGGCCUGCAGCAAGGUCCCCAACAACUGUGUCAGCAGCAUCGAGAACAUGGAGAACAUCAGCACCUCCAGGGCCAAGGGCCGGGCCUGGAUCCGAGUGGCGCUGAUGGAGAAGAGAAUGUCCGAGUACAUCUCCACAGCCCUGAGGGACACCCGGACCACCAGGAGGUUUUAUGAUGACGGGGCCAUCAUGCUGCGGGAGGAGUCCACGGUGCUCACGGGGAUGCUCAUCGGGCUCAGCGCCAUCGACUUCAGCUUCUGCCUGAAGGGAGAGGUGAUGGACGGUAAAACGCCCGUGGUCAUUGACUACACGCCCUACCUGAAGUUCACACAGAGCUAUGACUACCUGAGUGAGGAGGAGGAGCGGGGCAGUGUGGAGAGCAGCACAAGCGAGGACAGCUCACCUGAGCACCCCUACCUGCCCCUGGUCACGGAUGAGGACAGCUGGUACAACAAAUGGCGCAAGAUGGAGCAGAAAUUCCGCAUCGUUUAUGCCCAAAAGGGGUACCUGGAGGAGCUGGUGCGGCUGCGGGAGUCGCAGCUGAAGGACCUGGAGGCGGAGAACAAGCGGCUGAAGCUGCGGCUGGAGGAGGUGAUGGUGCAGAACCAGCUGGAGAAGAGGGAGCUGGAGGGCGUCAUCCUGGAGCUGCAGGAGCAGCUGACGGGGCUGAUCCCCUGCGAGAACCCACAGCUGGCCCAGCUCUCCAAGGAGAUGGUGACACCCCUGGUCAACCAGUGGCCGUCCCUGGGGACCCUCAAUGGCAACGAGAGCGGCUCGGACAGCAAACUCUACAGAAGGCACAGCUUCGUGAGCACCGACCAGCUCUCGGCCGAGAACAGCCUCAGCUCCGACUCCCAGCGCCUGGGCGAGGGCAAGCGCGAAGGGGAGCCCUGGGGGCCCUUGGGGAAGGACCCCACGCCCUCCAUGCUGGGGCUCUGCGGCUCCCUGGCCUCCCUGCCCAGCUGCAAGUCCCUGGCCAGCCUCAAGUCCAACGAGUGCCUGGUGAGCGACAGCACGGAAGGCAGCCCGACCCGCAGCCCCAGCUGAGACCCCCGGCCCCCGCGCCGCCCCCCCGGCCGGC